AUGCUCAACAUACUGUGCCUGCAUGGCUACCGGCAGACGCGCAAGGGAUUCUACGGCAGAACAUCAGCUUUCAGGAAGAGUCUCAAGAAGAUCGCCAACUUUCACUACCUGGAGGCUCCAUUUCUAGUUAGCCAGGAUGGAGAUACGGCACAACCUCAUGCGAUCGCUCCGUGUGACUCGAGGACGUCAGGGCUAGAGACUUCGCUCGAGCUUGUCUUGCAAGCCAUCCAGACGGAUGGACCUUUCGAUGGCAUCUGCGGGUUCUCGCAGGGAGCGGCACUAGCAGCAGCUGUGUGCAGGAGGCUAGAAGGCACAUCCUUCAGCCAUGGCAUUCGCUUCCUCCUCCUCUUCAGCGGCUACUCCAUCGCCUCCCAGCCGACGGCAGGGCUAACGCUCCUCCGCACACCUUCGCUGCAUGUUUGGGGGCUCCAGGACGCACAGGUCCCGAGCAUGAGCAGCGAGCGAUUGUCCAAGGAUUUUGCAGAGCCUCAGGUUCACGUCCAUGACGGCGGCCACUACAUUCCCACCAACCCAGAGGCAAGGAGGCUCUACAACGACUUCAUGCUGCCAUUCACAGCUUCCGACUCUGCAGCAAAUGCUUUAAUAAACUAA